CCACGGCGCUUAUAAAAGCCUGGUCCGGCCCGUCCCCGCUUAGAACUGACAUCUCGCCGUGGACCGUUGCAUCCGCUCCGCAUACGCCCAUUCACAUCAAAAAAUGAAGGCUUUCAUUGUUCUAGCUGCUGUCGCCGUAGCUGCCAUCGCUUUGCCAAGGUCCAAGCGAGCGGCAUAUGAGCUACCGGACGGCGCCGAAUUCCUGGUGGGCGGUUUCCGGACGUCGUUCACGUGCCCGGCCAAGAACGGCUACUUCGCCGAUGUCGACAACAACUGCCAGAUCUUCCACGUGUGCAACGUGGUCACCCACGCCGAUGGAAACACCGAGGUUCAGCAGUACAGCUUCCUGUGUGGCAACCAGACCGUGUUCAACCAGCUGAGCCUGACGUGCGCCUUCGCCGAGGAGGCCGUGCCGUGCCAGAACGCUCCCGACUUCUUCUACGUGAACGACAACAUCGGAGUCGAGACGGCUCCAUUCCUCACCGACAACGACGUCCAGCGGGCGGCGCAGUUGAUUCCGUCUUACAAGGCCAAGGCUUGAAUCCGCGAGCAAACGAUCGCCAAACGCCAAGUGCUUGAUGCCACGCGCCGGGGAUAGUG